UCUCGUCCUAUAUAACAAUAUAUAUAUAUAUAAGCUCAAACUCAUAACAAGUAGAAGUCCCCAAAAACCAAUUUCCUAUAUCUGUAAUAAGCAAUGCUGAAGCCUCAAGUAGUUGUUCAAAAUUCGCAUUGUGAGCAAACCCUAGUUCUUUUGAACAAGCCAUUCAUCCAUGGAAAUGGUGGUAGUGUCAACUCUCUACUUUCAGUGUCUUUGACACGUCCCUUAACCCUAGUUGUACCAAAUAAGAAAACCAAAAGGCAUGGCGUUUCUUCAUCUCCUGGAAAGUCCAUUAAAGCUAGUCUAUUUUCCCCAAAGAAGAAGACUACAACAAAGAUUGUAGCUAGUGUGACCGUACAACGUGUGACUCCAAAGCUUUGGAAGUUUGAAUUGUCUGAGAGACUCCAAGAUAGACUAGACAAGCUUGAUGAUCUUCUAGGGUUAACCUCUUUCAGUCUUGAGCUUGUUAGUGCUGAAAAAGAUCCCGCAACGGGAAAAGCCCGAACAGUGAAAGGUUUUCCAAAAAGGGAUGGCUUGAACGUAUUUUCGAAUGAGGUAAAAUACGAAGCAAAAUUUGAUGUACCAAAGGAUUUUGGAGAGGUGGGUGCUAUAAUCGUUGAGAAUGAUUACGAAAGAGAGAUAUUUAUACAAGAUAUAUUGCUCCAAGACUUGCCCUCUGGCCCAAGAUUCCUCAGUUUCUCUUGCAACUCCUGGGUUCAGUCUAAGCGUGAUGUUCCUGCUAGUCAGCACAAGAGGAUCUUCUUUUCUGAAAAGUCUUAUCUCCCAUCACAAACCCCAAGUGGGAUAAAAGAACUGAGAAAAGUGGAGCUGGAAAAUUUGAGAGGAGAUGGAAAAGGAGAGCGCAAGCCAUACGAGAGAAUAUAUGAUUAUGAUGUGUAUAAUGAUCUUGGAGAGCCUGAUAAUAAAAAAACUGACUUGGUAAGACCAGUUCUUGGUGGAAAAGAGUACCCUUAUCCCAGACGAUGCAGGACUGGACGACCUCAUACCAAAACUGACAAAUUAACGGAGUCAAGGAGUAGUGACUUCUAUGUGCCGCGGGACGAAGAGUUUGCAGAAGUGAAGAGUAAUAAUUUUAGUCUGAAGACUGUAUACUCACUGGUAAAUGGGGUGAUACCUAUGUUAAGAGAAGCCUUGAUUGACGAUGACUUUCCAUACUUCACGGCCAUAGAUGUUCUCUACGAUGAAGGCAUUAAAAUUCCUCCUGCUACAAAAGGGGACAUAAAAGAAGUCAUCAAAAAUGUCAAUGCCAGAAUCUAUAAAGCUGUUUCGGAUCUUGAUGAUUUUUUGCAAUUUGAGCUGCCACCAACAAUGGACAAGGAUAAAUUUUUUUGGUUUAGAGAUGAAGAAUUUGGAAGACAAACUCUUGCAGGUCUCAACCCUUGCUGCAUUGAAUUGGUCAAGGAAUGGCCACUGGAGAGUAAACUUGACCCUGCUAUCUAUGGCCCAAAAGAAUCAAAAAUCACCACAAAACUUGUUGAGCAGCUGAUUACUGCAUAUGGCUAUAAUAAUAUUAAUGAGGCUUUAAAAGAUAAGAAGUUGUUCAUGUUGGAUUAUCAUGAUGUAUUGUUACCGUAUGUUAGCAAAGUAAGACAACUCAAAGGUAGAACUCUAUAUGGAUCACGAACACUAUUUUUCUUGACUCCUUCUGGUACAUUGUUGCCUCUGGCCAUCGAGCUGACUCGACCACCUAUGGAUGGAAAGCCACAAUGGAAGGAAGUCUACACCCCAAUAAGUAAUUGGCAUUCUACUGAUCUUUGGCUUUGGAGACUUGCAAAAGCUCAUGUUCUUGCCCAUGAUUCUGGUGUUCACCAACUUAUUAGUCAUUGGCUAAGAACACAUUGUGCUGUAGAGCCAUAUAUAAUUGCAUCAAAUAGACAGCUCAGUGCGAUACACCCUAUCUAUAGAUUGUUAAAGCCUCAUUUCAGAUACACAAUGGAGAUUAAUGCUCUUGCUCGACAAAAGUUGAUUAAUGCAGAUGGUGUCAUUGAAUCUGCAUUUGUGCCAGGAAAAUAUUCUAUUGAGUUGAGCUCUGUUAUCUACGGCAAACAAUGGCAAUUUGACUUGCAAGCAUUGCCGGCUGACCUAAUUAAUAGAGGGAUGGCUGUGGAGGACAAGAAUGGCGAACAUGGUCUAAAGCUAACAAUUGAAGACUAUCCUUACGCCAACGAUGGACUUCUCGUGUGGAACUCCAUCAAGGAAUGGGUUACUGACUAUGUCAACCAUUACUAUCCCAGCUCAAGCGAGGUGGAGAGUGACGAAGAGCUACAAGCAUGGUGGACAGAGAUCAGAACCGUAGGCCAUGCUGAUAAGAAGGAUUCACCCGGGUGGCCGGACCUGAAGACACAGCAAGACCUCAUAGACAUCGUCACGAACAUGGCAUGGACGGCGUCUGGUCACCAUGCAGCUGUCAACUUCGGACAAUAUGCUUACGCUGGUUAUUUCCCAAAUCGGCCAACCAUCACAAGAACUGUUAUGCCAUCGGAGGAGAAGGAGUACAACCCGACUGCCUGGAAAAACUUCAAAAAUAGUCCUGAAGACGCGCUUUUGAAGUGCUUACCUACGCAGUUUCAGGCAGGUCAAACAGUUGCUGUGUUGGAUGUGUUGUCUACUCACUCGCCAGAUGAAGAGUAUCUUGGGGAUAAGAUGGAACCCUCUUGGGGCUCAGAUCCUGUUAUAGUGGAUGCUUUUCAGCGGUUCAAUAAGAGGAUGAAGGAGAUUGAACACACCAUUAAUGAUAGGAAUGAUGAUGAGAAUUUGAAGAACAGACAUGGAGCUGGAAUUUUGGCUUAUGAGCUUCUCAAGCCAUUUUCAAAGGAAGGUGUCACGAACAUGGGCAUUCCCUAUAGCAUAUCCAUUUAAAUUUUUUAAAGUAUUUGUAUCAAGUUUUCUGUGUAUUAUUCUCAAUAAUGAAUACCUUUCAUGUCCACACAUCGAUCUCUAAUUUAAUUCCAAAUAAUGUUGUGUA